UUGAAAUCAGAGCCAGACGGACAGUUGCUCCUGUGACUUGUAAUAGGCUAGCAGCAGAGACAAGGUCGAGAAACUUGACAUUGUCUCAGGAGCGGCAGAGGCAGCCAAAAAAAAAGUUAUUGAGAGGGAGCCCGUGGUUGGAGCGGAGUUUGAUCCUGGCGCUCUCGUGUUUCUGCCUGGAUGGAUAAUGGAAUUCUAAACAUGAGGCAGAUAGCUGAUCAGCUUCCCUGGAUUUCGCUGACAACACAGGAAAGCUUUGCCUGAAGAUGGAAACACUGGAGUCAGAACUGACCUGCCCUAUCUGUCUGGAGCUGUUUGAGGAUCCACUGCUGCUGCCUUGUGCUCACAGUCUCUGUUUCAACUGCGCGCAUCGCAUCUUGGUCUCCCACUGUGCCACCAACGAAUCAGUGGAGUCGAUCACCGCCUUCCAGUGCCCUACUUGUCGUUAUGUCAUCACUCUCAAUCAACGUGGUCUAGACGGACUCAAGCGCAACGUCACACUGCAGAAUAUUAUCGACAGGUUUCAGAAAGCAUCCGUGAGCGGGCCCAAUUCUCCUAGUGAAACUCGCCGUGAGCGGGCUUUUGAUAGCAACAGCAUGUCCUCCAGUGAGAAAGUUCUCUGCCAGUUCUGUGAUCAGGAUCCUGCUCAGGAAGCAGUGAAGACCUGUGUAACUUGUGAAGUAUCCUACUGUGAGGAGUGCUUAAAGGCAACUCACCCAAACAAGAAGCCAUUUACUGGACAUCGUUUAAUCGAGCCUAUUCCGGACUCACAUAUUAGAGGAUUAAUGUGUCUGGAGCAUGAGGACGAGAAAGUUAACAUGUAUUGUGUGACUGAUGACCAGUUAAUCUGUGCCUUGUGUAAACUGGUUGGGAGGCAUCGUGAUCACCAGGUGGCUGCUUUAAGUGAGCGCUAUGACAAACUAAAGCAAAAUUUGGAAAGUAAUCUCACUAACCUUAUCAAGAGAAAUACUGAACUGGAAACACUUUUGGCUAAAUUAAUUCAAACCUGCCAACAUGUUGAGGUCAUGGCGGGAUUUGCCCAGCUGGGCUUCCCCCAAUGUGUGGGAGCCAUGGAUGGAUGCCAUGUUCCCAUCAAGAAUCCUUCUGAUGCACCGGGGCAGUACGUGAAUUGGAAAAAACUUUGCCUCCAUUGUCCUGAUGGCGGUCUGCGACCACAAGGGACGGUUCUUCAAAGUCGAGAUUGGAAACCCAGAGUCGCCAUGGCAACUGCAUCUUCCCAGGUGCUAAUUCCGGAAAUAAAUCUCAAUGAUACUUUUGACACCUUUGCUCUAGAUUUUACCAGAGAAAAGAAACUACUGGAAUGCCUUGAUUAUCUUACAGCUCCAAAUCCGCCAACAAUUAGAGAAGAGCUCUGUACAGCUUCUUAUGACACAAUUACAGUGCAUUGGACUUCUGAUGACGAAUUCAGUGUUGCUUCCUAUGAACUGCAGUACACAAUCUUCACUGGACAAGCCAAUGUAGUUAGUCUGUGUAAUUCAGCCGACAGCUGGAUGAUUGUUCCAAAUAUUAAACAAAACCACUACACGGUCCAUGGUCUGCAGAGUGGCACCAAGUAUAUCUUCGUUGUGAAGGCCAUUAAUCAGGCUGGCAGCCGAAACAGCGAGCCAGGAAAACUGAAGACAAAUAGCCAGCCAUUCAAACUGGAUCCCAAGUCUGCUCAUAGAAAACUAAAGGUAUCUCAUGACAAUUUGACAGUGGAACGUGAUGAAACUUCUUCUAAAAAGAGCCAUACACCUGAGCGUUUCACCAGCCAAGGGAGCUAUGGAGUUGCUGGCAAUGUGUUCAUUGACAGUGGGCGGCAUUACUGGGAAGUGGUUAUAAGUGGGAGUACAUGGUAUGCCAUCGGUAUUUCUUAUAAGUCAGCACCAAGACAUGAAUGGAUUGGAAAGAAUUCUGCUUCUUGGGUUCUUUGUCGUUGUAAUAAUACAUGGGUGGUGAGGCAUAACAGCAAAGAAAUUCCAAUAGAGCCAGCACCCCAUCUUCGCCGUAUCGGCAUUUUGUUGGACUACGACAAUGGUUCCUUAGCAUUUUAUGAUGCUUUGAACUCUCUACACCUUUACACUUUUGACAUUACAUUUGCACAGCCUGUGUGUCCAACGUUCACUGUCUGGAAUAAGUGUUUGACGAUUAUUACGGGCCUUCCUAUCCCAGAUCACAUAGAUUCCUCUGAGCAGGUACCCUGAUUGUUGCUAAAGAGAAAUGGAUAGUUGAAUGACUAAUGGACUUCACGUAUAUUUCUCACUAAAACUUUACUGGGAAAGGGAAAAAAAUUAAAAGAAAUGCAUUUGAUAAACCAUGUUCCUGACGUUUCAAGCCAGGACUGAAAAUGGGAUUGUCUCUUCAAUCUAUAUUAUUUGUUUUGUAUUAAAGGCAAAAUAUGGCUUUAAUAGUUUCUCAAAAUGCUUUUGUAUUUAGCCUCUUACAGUAAAAUUUAUAAAUUAUUUAUAUAAAAAAAGAGAAACCCUGAUUUGGAUCUUUGCAUUUGGACACGUCAUAAGAAUUACUUGUUUUUGCACAUUUAAGGGCUCUGUCACAAAGAUUUUAUUAGCUGCCGUGUUUUGAUUUUAUAAUAAAGAAAGCAAGCUGGAAUUCUUUGAGAGGAGAAUGCAGUACUAAUUCUUCAGUUUUUUCCCCCUAUUGUUUUCUGUAUGAAACAGCUUUUCAACUUUUGCAUCCAGGAAUGUGCACACGCAAAAUAAAGACAAAGUUAAAACAAAUAAAGCUGACCAAACAGCAAACUGUAGAAGAAUUGUGAAUUAAUGAUGUGACCUCAUGCAUCUAGAAAUAUUUUUCAGAAUGUCAGUGGCCCAAACACCUAGUGGUCAGUUAGCCAAUAUUAUUGAUAGCAGUUUUUCAGAUACUGGUGGGUCACUUGUAAGAAUAUGUACAUUUAAUUUUUGUCUCAAAAAGUCAUCAAUACUUCAAUAAGCCAGGCAAGAUAGCUCUGAUCAAAUUUUACAUAUAAGUGCCACUGAUGGUACUUCAGCUAAAAUCAGUUAUGUUCUUACUGGAAGAGAUGUGGAUUCUCAUCAUUUAAAAGAUACACAGUACCCACACUUGCAGUGUUAAGAUAGGCUACAUACAACUGAUUUGAAACAUAACGUGAGCAUCUUGUUAUAUUAUGUUAUAGUGUAUCAAUAAAAAUAGUCAAGGCAUCUGUUUUGUAAACAGGUGCCUGGAAAGAGUUUGCA